CUGCGAUCCUUUUCAUCUCUGAUUUUCGCUCUCUACCAAUUGCUUUCGCAAGGACGGAGAUAGAGAAACACUCUCUCUCUCUCUCUCUCUCUUUCUGGUUCUCUAUCUCUUCCUCCUGCGUAAUAAGCUCUAUCUGCAUUCUCUUUGAUCUGCUCUUUGUUCUUCAUUUCUAUCGAAUAAAGGUUUCAAUUGAGGAUCGUAAUUGUCGUCAUGGCUACUGUCAAUGGUCAAACUGAAACUGCUCAAGGCAACAUCACUCCCUCUAAGUCGCCUCUUCAUGCGGCAAAGAGCGUUGAUUCUCAGUCUGUUCUCCGAAGGUUGCAGUCUGAAUUGAUGGCUUUGAUGAUGAGUGCAGAGUCUGGUAUCUCUGCUUUCCCUGAGGAGGACAACAUAUUCUUCUGGAAAGGAACUAUAACAGGAAGCAAGGAUACAGUAUUUGAAGGAACAGAGUACAAGCUAUCACUUUCCUUCCCAAAUGAUUACCCAUUUAAACCUCCUAAAGUCAAGUUUGAGACAACCUGCUUCCAUCCUAAUGUUGAUCUCCACGGCAAUAUAUGCUUGGACAUUCUUCAGGAUAAAUGGUCAUCUGCUUAUGAUGUGAGAACUAUUCUUCUAUCAAUCCAAAGUCUGCUUGGAGAGCCCAACAACAGUUCACCACUAAAUCCACAAGCAGCACAGCUUUGGAGCAAUCAACAAGAAUACAGAAAGAUGGUGGAGAAGUUGUACAAGCCUCCAAGUGCUUAGCUUUUUAGUCUUGAAUUUAUCAACUAUCUAGAAAGUCUUUUCCUGUUUGAUUUUAGGAGAAGAGAGAUGCAUACCUAUUUUUGGUUGUUUUAUAUCUUUUCUUGAUUUAAUUCUUUUAGAACGGUACUUGUUUCUUUCUUUGGCGAUUGAAACGCAUAAAUUGUAUUCUCUUACUUUUUAUAAGAAAGGAAUUUUUAGCCAUUGUGGCUAAUAUUUUUUCA